AUGUACUUUACGAAAUGGGAUGCGAUUAUAAUAGCCAGUUGCUUGAAAGAGCGGCGAUGGAUUGCCCAUGUUUACCCAGACGAGUCGAGCGAGAUACGCUCUCAGUAUGUCAGUGACGGCAUCGUCACAUCUACUAGUCCCUCUGUAAAUGUUUCUUCACCUCGAGGUACCCCUGGAAGCAACCAUAGCGAAAGGAUAACGCCAGAAACGCCCAAAUCUGCUGUAUUCAUUCCCACGGAAGGACUCACGGUGUUGUCGCUACUAAACGCAGAGUCUCCCAUCCAAAGUCAACCAAAAGCUCUGCCCCUGGCACUCGACCAAAGAGCGGGUUCCACCACGUACCAGCAUCACGAGGAUGCAGGGGUUAGUACAUUCGUUUAUCAACAACCUCCUGGCGAGCCUGUAUUAUGGCCAUUAGAGCAUGAGCAAGAAGCUACGCUAUUGCAGCACUACAUCGAAAACGUUGCAUUGUUUUUUGACAUGGUAGAUACCAGAGACCACUUUGGUGUACAUAUCGUUCAGAUGGCCAAGAAAAACAGUACUCUCAUGAACGCAAUUCUUGCUCUAUCUGCCCGACAACUUAGUCGAACCACGGACUUUGACCCUUAUAUCGCAGAUGCCUAUUACCAACGGUGUUUUGACACGUUGAUUCCCGCAUUAAACGAUAACGUCACCAUCAAGGAAGAGCCACUACUAGCCGCGACCAUCAUCCUUCGACUUCUAGAGGAAAUGAACAUAUCCAUUAUCGGUUCCGAUCCACAAGGUCAUUUGUUCGGUACUCAAGCAAUCAUUCGUGCUGCAGAACAAUCUUACGCCGCCACAUCAGGACCAGACUGGCGACAGGCCAUCUAUUGGGCAGCUUUUCGACAAGAAUUGUGGAUCUCACUGAUGACACAACGACCAUUCAAACUGCAUAUAUUUCCCGCCGAUCGCUCACUCGAACCAGCCACCGAUUCAAUAUGGGCAACAAGAACGAUUGCCCACCUUGGUGAUGUCAGCAACUUUGUCUUUGGAGAGGGCAGAAAUUCAGUUGCUCGCUACAAUCAGCUGAUGGAUGAGAACAAAUCGUGGAUACAUUGCAGACCCGACAGUUUCGAUCCAUAUUUUUUCCGCCAUGAUCGAGAUGGGAGUGGAAGAAAUUUUCCGGACAUCCGUUUCCAUCAAAAGACGCAUGUCAUGGGUACGCAGUACAACCUACUAGCGCACACCCUCCUGAUCGUUCACGACCCAACAAUACCCCAGCUUGGGCCCGGACAUAGGGCUUCACGUGCCAUUGUCGACAAAACGGUACAAGAUAAUGUGCGCACCCUUUGUGGCGUGGCUCAGUCCAACUACAAGAUCUUUCCUUGCAAGUUUGUCGCAUGUUUUGCUAUCGCUCUCGUGGGUGACCGUUUCACUGUACGAGAGGAUCAAGAGCGCUUGCGCGAUUUGUGGUACGCAUGCGAGAGAGCCCACGGAUUUCCUCCGACUUCAACUAUCACUCAGCUUGAAGAGUCGUGGGGUUGGUAUAAUCGCCCUGAUCAUUGA